AUGUCGCUAUACUCAACUGAUACACGGCCUAUCUUACAAGCAGUGCACACAGCCACGGAAGACUUAGGCUUUUGUCGCAACCGCGUCUGGGCGAUAGCCAAGAGCCUACCAGGAGGUGCUGGACAAUUCCCGAGAUUACUCCCUCCACCGGAGAAUCUGUCAUACAAAGCAAAAAGGGACGACCAUGAGCUUUGUACGUUCGACUUCUGCGAGCAAUCUCGGGUCAAUUUUACUCUGGUGAAGCAGCGUCACGAAACGUCUUGUGUGGCAAACCGCUGUCCUCCUACAGAAUUCCCUUCACAGUUUGUGGCUGAUGCUGUCCGCAAAGAUCAACCCACAGUGUGGGACUUUGAAGGAACUAAGACACUUCAACGCAAUGAGCGCUAUAUGGCAAUAUCUCAUGUAUGGUCUGAUGGUACAGGCGCCGGAAAUCAGCCCCCCGGUCAUGUAAACACCUGCUUGCUGCAGUUCUUUCGGGGCUUUGCCCAAAAGUUCGAUUGCAAGGGUAUAUGGUGGGAUACAAUCUGCAUUCCAACAAAGAAAGACCUUCGUGAGAAAGCUUUGAAAUCCAUGCAGCAAACCUACACAGCCGCGGCAGUCACACUGGUGCACGAUUGCUUUCUUAGAGAUUGCGAAUGGCGCGAUGCCGACUCGGCAUGCUUUUACAUCGUCAUGUCUCCGUGGUUCAGCAGAGGCUGGACGGCAUUAGAGUUAAAAAUGUCCCAGAAAGUUCAAGUCAUCUUCAAUAGUCCUAGUGGUCCGAUUACAAAAGAUCUAGACGAAGACAUACUGAAAUCAGAGAGCAAUAAUUGCAUUUCUCCCGAGCAUGAAGUCGCGAAAGCAAUACUCCGCAGGCUUCGGGGGGACAGAGUUGGCCAAUUGAAUGACCUUCUAGCCAUUCUCGGCUCACGCCAUACAUCUUGGCCGAGGGACAUGGCGAUCAUUUCAGGGCUCAUGAUUGGAAUCGAAUUACCAGAAACCUACGCCCAUCAGAAAAUUUAUCAAGAGAUUUUACAGAAGCUAGGCAAAAUAUCGCAUGCGCAUCUCUUCCACAAUUCAGCGACUAUGACAAAUGGAUAUAACUGGUGUCCUACAAACCUCUAUGAUCUACCUGUUACGCUUUCAAGCCACACCCUUCAGAUUGAAGAGAAUGGGAAUUUGUUUGGCGAGUGGAAUAUCAUGUCUCUCGAUCUCAUCAAAGACGAAAGCUUUGUGUGGGGUCGUGCGCAUCCACUGAUAGAAGCAAAGGUUCUCCUGGCUCGACAAGAGAUAAACAACCAUAUCUUACUCAUCGAGCCUGGCUUCACUUCUGAAGAGACCCGAAUAAGCCGAGGUCUUCUGGUCAAGCCCUCACUUAGGCGUGAUGAGACCUAUCUCGAUUGUUAUUGUGAUUAUGUUGGUCCGGUUUACUUUCACCCACCGUUGAUGAGAUCAGAGAUCGAAAACUUAGAUCAGAGCUUGUCAUUCAAGAUUCACGUUGGAUACGAUGAGACUAUUCACAACGGCAGCCAUCAAAGCACUGAAAAUGAAGACAGUGCCCAGAGCAUGAUCAAAGACAUGAAGGAUGGCUCACCAAAUCCGCAAUAUAGGAAACGAGAAAGUGGUUUAGGAUUUGACCUUGCUGCAUGGGACCAAUCGAAAAUCUGGGAAGAAUUUAAGAAAGCUGCCGCUAGUGGCGAUUAUGAAAAGGUUGAAAAUCUCUUGGAGAAGGUAGUCAAUCCGGACAACACUGAUCAAUCUGGGUGGUCUGCAUUACAUCAUGCCGUUUGGAAUGGCCGAACAAAAGUAGUCAAGCUACUUGCGAAAAGGUUAUCUCUUCAAAAAGCGAGUGCUUUUGGCGAGGAACCACUUCACCUCGCAGCAGAACGUGCGAAAAGAUGGGUUGAAUGCCUUACACCUAGCGGCGGUGGGGGCUUCAGCGAAAUUGUGGAUGAAAUUCUACAAGAGAAAUGGGAAAUCAACGCAACCACCGAUGUUGAAGAGCAAACUGCACUACAUAUGGCAUCAUCUCGUGGCCAUGAAGGUGUAGUGCAUGUUCUCGCCAAGCACGACGCUGAUCACGCCCUCAAAGACUACGAACACAAAACCGCUUUCUCUCUGGCAGUUUUCAAUGGCCACCAAAAGAUCGCGGAGAUGCUCAGAGCGGCAGGAGCGGACCCUGAUCUCCGAGAUGAGAAAGGCUGGACUAUGCUUCAUCACGCAGUGCAGGAAGAUCAAUAUACAAUUAUCAAGCUACUCUGCGCUCUUAGAGUGGAUCUCGAAGUCCGAACGGAAUUUGGCUGGACUCCGCUUCAUCAAGCGGUGUCUAGCGGACGGCUUUCCGCUGUAAAAUUACUUGCGGCCGAAGGAGCGUAUCUCGAAGCUCGAGAUAAACAAAGCCAGACUCCGCUUCAUCGAGCGGCGUAUGACGGCCACGUUGGCUCUAUAGAGAUACUCGCCGGUUUUAAAGCGGAUCUUGAAGCCCGAGAUGACUCUAGCCAGACUCCGCUCCAUCGAGCGGCGGCCAACGGUCAUCCUACCGUUAUCGAGAGACUCGCUGAGCUUGGAGCCAAUCUCGAAGCCCGAGAUGAAUUUGGCGACACCCCGCUUCAUCGAGCGGCAGCUAACGGUCAUGUUACCUCUAUAAAGACACUCGCUGACCUUAGAGCGGAUCUCGAAGCCGCAGAUGAAUCUGGCCAGACUCCGUUCCAUCGAGCGGCGUAUAAUGGCCACCCUACAGUCAUCGAGAUACUCUCUGAGCUUGGAGCCAAUCUGGAAGCCCGAGAUGAUUUCAGCCAAACUCCGUUUCAUCGAGCGUCGUUUAACGGUCAUGCUGCCGUUAUCGAGACACUCGUAGACCUUGGCGCUAAUCUCGAAGCCCGAGAUGAAUUUGGCCGGACUCCAUUUCAUCAGGCGGCGAUCAAAGGGCAUGUAACCGCUAUCAAACUACUCGCGGCUCGAGGUGCGAAUCUCGAAGCCCAAGAUACUGAUGGCCAGACUCCGCUUCAUCACGCGGAACUCAGUCGUCAUGAUUCAGCUGUCAAGAUACUCAGCGACCUUAUAGCUAGGUCUCAACAAGUGGAACGGCCUUAG